AUGACCAAGGUCCUUGCUUCAGGUCCUUACUUCAUUUUUCAAAGACCUUUGCUACUAAAAGUGAUGCCUCCUCUGUUUAUGUUUGGCUCAAAGGAAUUGAGCAAAAUACCGGUUUGGGUUCAACUCAAAAACCUGCCAUUGGAGCUUUGGAAUCCAAUGGCCCUGGGUAAGAUCCUCUCCAAAGUUGGUACUCCCAUUAGGACUGACCAACUUACUGCCUCAAUGCAAUCUGUUUCCUUUGCAAGAGCCCUUGUUGAAGUAGAUGUGGCUGUGGACAUGGAGUAUGAGGUCAGAUGCAGGUUGCCUGAUGGCAGCACCUUCUUUCAAAGCAUCGAAUAUGAGAGCCUUCCCUCAUUCUGUGAUCACUGCAAGAUGACUGGCCAUAAUGUGGCUAAAUGUAAAUCUGUUCCCAAAAAGAUUGAUCCCAUUCAGCAGCCUCAUCCAGAGGCCAACCCAACUCAUUGUGAUGAGGAAGUGCCACAAAUUGUGGAAACCAGCAAGUCAGGGGGUCUAGAUCAGCAGCUGGUAACUGGAGAUUGCAAUCUUACUAUUGCUUCCUGCUCUGAUCCAAUAUCCAACUUCGAAGUUCCAGGUGAAGAAUUCACCAUGGCAGUGUCUAGAAUCAGGAAAAAGAAACAAAAAGACAGCAUCUCUCUUGCGAAGGAAUCUACUAAGAGGCCUCUUUUCAAAGCAGGCAAGAAGAAUAACAAUCUUUCACCACUCUGUGCGGGGGACUCAAACCCCCAUGCAAAACAAUGA